UCGAGUCUGGCCUCUGGUCGCAGACUGUGGAGAGUGUGAGGCACACUUGAAGGCGCUGAGAAUCUUGGAAAAAUUGCUGUUGGUGGGUGAGCUACUGUAGGCAUUUUUGCGGAAGUUUUUCGGACGACGAGCCGCUGGCGCGUUGUGUAAGAAUCUAGAAGGUCGGAGAGCGACGGAGAGUGGACAGAAGGAAAGACUGAAGUCUUUGCCUGGAAUUGCAGCUGGAAACUGUUGUGAGGGUGCAAGCUCAGCUCAAGUUGUUGAAACAAAAGAAGUUGUGAGCAUUGCUAAACUGCAAGAAGAGAAUAGGAAACUGCUGGCUGAAAUUAAGUUUUUCAAAGAGAUGACGCGAAGAAUGCAAGACUCAAGAAUUACUGCUUUAGAAGUAGCUUUGCAAGAAUGCAGCACAGGGGAUACUACCACUGCUGAUUCAGAAAAGCAAAGCAGUAACUUGCUACUCAACAGCAGAAAGUUGAGAAGACUUAGGAGUUUUGAAGUGCAUACAAAUCCAGUUCAGGAUCGUCUGGCCAUGGAAUUGGCAUCUGAACUGAAGCGAGAAAAACGAAGAAUUUCUGAGUUGAAGCAUGCAAACAGUGACUUUAGACAAUCUGCUGUGGAAAAGGAUCAGCGUAUUGCUUCACUGGAAAUGCAAGUGAUCAAAUGUGAAAAGUGUUUGAGCACAUUAGGGGAUGAGAAUAAAGCACUGAAAAUCCAAGCUGCCAAGAUAGAAGAAUUGCAGGACACAUUGAAGGUUUUACAGCAGAAGUUGAUGCAACAGGUUGAUGGAAAACCUCACCAGGAGCUUAAUAGAGCUUUGUCUUCACCAAUUCCAACUCAAAAAACAGAGCUGACAAGGAAGGAGAGUGUUACUGAUGAAUCAGAUGAUUCAGGAUAUUCGACUCCAAUAAAACAAACAAUGGCAGCACUACAGGAAGAAAACAGUCAACUAAAAAGAAAGCUAAAAGACAAGACAGUACGACUGUCUAUCCUGGAAAGUGCUCUCAAAGAAAAGAUGCAAACAAUUGCUGUCUUGCAAAGUCAACCUAAGGCAGCAGAACCUCUCCUCACUGAAUUGUGAAUGUGUAAAUGUCUACUACUAGUCUAUAUGAAUCUUUAGAAGUUAGAACUUUUGUUUGUUUGUGACAUGAUAUGUAGCCAUUAAUUAUACAUGUACAGAAUUGUACCUUAUCACUAUACUUGUACUGUACAUGUACAGUCUGAAUAGGAGUAAGAUUCAUUGUAUAGAAAUAGUUGUUGUUUUACUUCUUUUGGACCACGUUGCAUAGAGGGUAGUUUAGUAGUAAUCAAAAUGUGGUUUGU